AUGCAGUCUGGAAUCACAGCCUCGCAAGAGCUGGCAGAUGCCUUCAACAACUUUGUCUCAGACGACUCUCAGCGCGCUCUCCUUGCAGGCAUUGAAAGCGAAAAGCUCAUUCCAACAACGACCAUCACAGCCCAGGCAGAAGACUUCAAGCAAGACCUCUCACAAUUAAGUCCGCACCUCAACCCGAAUGCAGCCUCAUACAUCCUCCUCAAAGUAGACCCCAGCGCAGCAGACGGCUAUGUCGCAAUCACCUACGUCCCCAACACGGCUCCAGUGCGGCAGAAGAUGCUCUUCGCAUCAACCCGCUUGACAUUGGUCCGCGAGCUAGGCAUUGAACGCUUUCGCCAAACGCUUUUCGCGACUGAAGCCUCAGAACUCACUCCCGCGGGCUGGGAUAAGCACGAGCAGCACGAGGCUCUCAAAGCGCCUCUGACAGAAGAGGAAGCAGGGCUAGCAGGCGUAAAAGAGGCCGAAGCCCAAGAAUCCCAAGGAACAGGCGCCAGAAGAGGACAUGUCACAUCAAGAGUGAACGUGCCGACGGGCGACGGAGUUCUCGAAGCCCUUGCAAGUCUAAAAGAAGAGGACUGCAAGGGUACAUUAGUGCAGCUGAAAUUCGAACUCCCGGACGAGACAUUGCAUCUGGAUUCUUCGAAAGACGAAGUCCAACCCUCAGAUGUAGCAGGCCUGAUCUCGACCUCCGAACCUCGAUACAGCUUCUACAGUCAUCCUUCGACAACGUCUGCACAACCGAAUAUCUUGUUUAUAUACACGUGCCCUGCGGCUUCGAAGAUCAAGGAGAGGAUGGUGUACAGCACGGGCAAGUCAUGGACGAGGACCGUCGCGGAAAGAGAUGCGGGGAUCUCUGUGACGAAGACGUUGGAAGCUACGGAGCCUGGCGAGUUGACAGGUGAUGUGGUCAGUGGUGGAAUCGCAGAGGCAGGUGGAGGUGACAGUGGUGGGUUUGCGAGGCCGAAGAGGCCUGGUAGGCGGUGA